AUGCGUAGCAGGAGAGAGAGGGUAUGUAGCUAGUAAAAUAGACUUACAAUCCUGACAAGAAUUAUGUGGACACACCCAAGUUUUCUAACGCCAAUUAACAUUGAGACGUUCUUUCAUGAAAUUUGUUGCCCCUUGCCCCCUAUUCAAUGUUGUUUUUCGCAUUUAAAUUUUAACAGUUUCAUUUACCAACAUUGAAUUGGGUGUGGGAGGGGGAGAAAUUUUCUUGGCGGUUAAUUCUGUAGAAAUACAUAUAUUUCUUAACGCACGCGGUGUCAACGAUAAUUUUUGCCAGGACUGUAGCAAUUGCAGCAGUUGAUUAAAUUUUACCAUAUAAUCUAAUGAUGUUAUAUUCGCUUCAACGAAGACACACGCCAAAAUUAAGCCAUUGUCAUUUCAGCCCAUUAGAUGCUAACUUUUGUUGAUAAUUAUAUAGCUAUUAGAAAGAAGGUUGAAAGUUGUGACCAACGAGGAACAAAAAAAGUAUGCUCCGACCCUAACAGUCGAGUACAUAUCUAAGGAUGAAGACGAGUCAGAAGGGGAAGGUUGGCGACACAUGGAGUUGCCGUGGAGGUCAGAUGAACUAACCCAGUUCUUCCGAACUUUGGACGAUCGGUUGAAGGAAACGAAAAAGGAGUACGCCAAAGACCGCACAAGAAGAACUAAAUUAGGCGUAUCUAACAAAAAGGCUCCGAAAAAUGCACCUGCAUGGGCGGUGAAAGACGUUGAGCCAGUACAACAUGCACGUGGUGAUCGUCCUACUGCCCGAGGUCGUGGAGCGCUGGGUGUGAGGCAGCGUGGGGGACGUGGUGUGAGAACACGUGGAGGUGGACGAGGAGGUCAUGAAAAUGCACGAAG